GUUCCGACAUUAUCAGAUUGCCAUUUCCAACCAAGGUGACCCUGAUCCGAAAUGCCCUCCAUACCCGUCCAUUCGCCCAGCAGCACGCAGCAGUCUGCAUGCCCAAACCCCUUGCCGCAGCUUUUGCAAACGCCCUCGGGGCUCGCGCUCCUCGAGCUUCAAGGCACGUUCCAUGUGCCAGCCUCAUCCAGCCAGGCUGACGAUGUCGACCCAAGCGGAGACGCGAACUUUGAUCAAGGAAUCGCCACUUCUGUGGGUAGGCUGCUGUUUCCAGCGUACUCCUCGUCAGCUCCAAAGGAGGACACGGCUUGGAUGAAGCGCGUUUAUCUGUACGUCGGCAAACAUCAACGUCUUACCGGUGAAGUCAAGAAACUUCCGAAGCCCAUGGGUAUUUUGCGCAGACGGCCAAAGGCUAGCACCGAGGAUGCGGACGAGCUCGAGAUCGUGGAAGUGGUUAGGCACAAGAUAGUCUUUUCAACGCGACCAGAACCGGUCAGCGAGGAUUAAACAAAUGCUACUAAAUACACAAGAGCACGGCUCAACCGCCGUUGAUCUCCACGAGAACCUUGACUUGGUUCGCCUUAUCGUGGAUCAGUGAGUAGAAUCCCUCCGACUCGACCUCAUUCAGCUUGAUCCGCUUGGUGAUCAAAGACUCCGGCUUCAAGCUUCCAUUCGACAACGCUUCCAUGACUUCCUGGAAGUCGCCUGCAACGUACGUCGCAAUGCCUAGGUACUUGCGCUCCUUAAACACCAUCUUAUUCACAUCGAUGGAGCAGGGCUUCUCCCACACUGCAAUGUUGAUGAUGGUACCCCGUGCUCGAACAGCAUCUAUAGCAGCGUCCAGCCCAGCCUGUACACCGGCAGCGUCGAAAACCUUGUGCACUCCCUGGUCUUCGCACAGUUCUCUGCACCGUGCCGCCACGUCGUCCUUGGUCGGGUCCAGGACGUAGUGCGCGCCAAGUUCCAGUGCAAACUGCUUCCGUCUCUCCGCGACCUCGGACACGAUUAUUUUCUUGACGCCGCGCGCCUUGAGGCAAAGAAUCACCGCGAGUCCGAUCGGCCCGCCGCCUAACACAAGCACGGAUUCAUCCGAUGUGACUUCGCCCAUCUUGACGGCGUGCCAUGCCACGGCAAGCGGCUCAACCAUGGCUCCAACCUCGAGAGACACGUUGUCCGGCAAAUGGAACACAAAGGACUCGUCCAAAACGACGUACUCUGCAAGGCCGCCGCCGUAGCCACUGAGACCAACAAAUCCGUUGCUAUAACAACAAUUGAUCUGACCAGAUGUACAUGCGCCGCAGGUCCCGUCGUAUAUGAUUGGCUGUACCACGACGCGAUCACCCUUCUUAAACUUGGUCACUCCUUCGCCUACGUCGUCCACGACGCCGCUGAACUCGUGUCCGAAUGUCAAAGGGACGGUCUCUUUGGUGAGGGGAUGCGGUGUUGUUGGGCAAAGAUUCGGGCCUCCAAGAUAUUCAUGGAGAUCUGGUAGUACAUGUUAGGGUUAUUUCGUAAGAUUUCGCAAGCUGGGGCCAUGGCAGACCUGUCCCACAUAUGCCGCACCAUGAUGGCCGAAUCUUCAGUGAUACAUCUUUAAGUCAGCCAUGGGCUCAACAACAUCCUACUUUUCCCACCCUCUUGCCCACUCACUUUGACUUGCCCCUUUUUCACGGGCGGCACGGCGACGUCCUCAAACCUCAAGUCGUUCUUCCCGUGGAACACGACGGCCUUCAUGGUUUGCUGCGCCAUGCCAGGCUGGAAAUGCUGUGAGAUUGAC